AUGACUUCCCGACACACGUAUCGUACCCCUCCAGGGUCACGGUUUCCUCAUCACAUCUUUAUCCUAUGCAUCUUAUUCCUUUGCAGUCGGGUCAACUCGCUGGUCUUCCCGGCCCAGGAUGUAAUGAGAACAGCCCCUACGCUUCCUCAAGAUUGGAGCCCAGUCGAUGAUUCCUCCAAAGAGACAGCGUUGGAAGCCAUGGAUUCAGUGGCUGAAGAGCCGAUCCACGAGCGUAUUCUUGACACCUUGAAAGAUCUGAUUGACGCCCUGCAAGUGAUGCAAGAUAAGUAUUUCGUGCUAUGGCAAGGCACGUGGCCGACCAGCAUCGAUUGGACCGCGGCGGUGUUGGGAACACACGUUUCUGCGGCAUUGUCAUCUUUAUCCUCUGGGCCGCUCGAUAUCCCAGGCACAGAUGAACUGCAAGGAUUGUCUUUCUUUGCACUCGAGAACACGGUCAAUAAAUUCUUCAGUGACACUUCUGCCUUCUACUUCGGGGAGAAUGCCUUCAGUGUCAGGAACCAGGCAUAUGAUGACAUGCUAUGGAUUGUCCUGGGGUGGUUGGGGAGCAUCAAGUUCCAGAAUCUUCACUCUGAUCUUCACUAUCAAUCCUCCAACGCCAGCUCUGAAUUCCCAUGGUACGGCACCCAGUUCCGUGUCCCUGUUGCACACAGAGCACGAAUCUUUUAUGAACUUGCUUCAGCUGGCUGGGACAAGGUUCUCUGUAAUGGUGGUAUGAUCUGGAGUCCUUAUCUGCUACCGUACAAGAACGCCAUAACAAACGAGCUUUACAUCGCGGCGAGUAUUGAGAUGUAUCUCUACUUCCCCGGUGAUCCGAUUGACGCCCCUUUUGUCGUUGGUUCAAGUGGACAGUCUUUGCAAAGAAACCCGCACGAAUACGCUCAUCUCAAAGCUGCAAUUGACGGGUACGAAUGGCUUAAGAGCUCUCAGAUGACAGGUGCGGGGGGGCUCUAUGCAGACGGCUUCCAUAUCAGUGGCUGGCAAAGCACAACAAAUCCUGGCUCACGCAAGUGUGACGAGCUGAACACCAUGGUCUAUACGUACAAUCAGGGAGUCAUUCUCAGCGGGCUGAGAGGGCUCUGGAUUGCUACAUUGUCCCAGGUCUAUCUGCAGGACGGCUAUGAGUUGAUCCACAAAGUGUUGCAAGCCACUGGAUGGCCCCAUAUAUCCAAUCGGCAAUGGAAAGGUCUCGGGCGUGGUGGCGUUCUAGAGGAGGCAUGCGAUGCCAGUGCAGCCUGUUCACAAGACGGCCAGACCUUUAAGGGAAUAUUUUUCCACCACCUGGCCGAGUUCUGUCGACCUCUUCAGCCGCAGGAGAAGCAAUUCCUAGCCAGCGCGGCUCGCAGCCACCCAGAACGCGAUGACUGGAGCGAGAAAUAUGAACUACAUCUGCAGCAGUGCCGCACAUAUGGCUCCUGGAUCGAUCACAAUGCGCAGGCCGCUCUGAUGACUCGGGACAGCGAGAGCAAGUUUGGUGCCUGGUGGGGUCGCGGCUACCGUCAGCUGGAGACUGAUGGGGUUCUUCACAGCAGCCCAUUACCAGUUGGGGCGGUUGACUACCGCAACACCGACCAGGACUCUGAGCCUUUGGCCGCAAGCUUUAUAUCAACCACGGACUACAAUGAUCGUGGGCGUGGCCGCACAGUGGAAACUCAGUCUGGGGGGAUUGCUGUGUUGAGAGCUUUGUACCAGUGGCAAUCCUAUGAUACCCUAAGCUGA